AUGUUUAAACGAUUGCUAAUUAUAUUAUUUCAGCUGUCAAUAGUAAGGAAUCAAUUGCUUCGUAUGUAUGGGGUGUCCAAGUUACAUAAUCUAGUAACUCUUAAUUUAGCAAAUAAUGGUAUCUUGACUAUAGAAGGCAUAAAGGAUAUGAUAAACUUACAAACACUUUGCUUAGCAGGCAAUAACAUAAAGUCCAUUGAACACUUGCAUACCAAUACUAAGUUGGAGCAUUUAGAUUUAUCUGAAAAUAGUAUCAGUCACAUUUCAGAUAUAUCUUAUCUACGAAAUUUAAAGGAACUCUUUUUGCAUAACAAUCGCAUAAUAACAUUAAGGCAGUGUGAACGCUAUUUACCUACCUCGCUAGAAACAUUUACUUUGGCAAACAAUAACAUUACAGAUUUGAAUGAAAUGUCACAUUUAGCUAAUUUGAAAAAUGUGAUAAAUUUUUCAAUUGCUAAUAAUCCAUGUGUUAGUAUGACAGGUAACAGUAUUGGUUUUGACUAUCGACCUUUUGUUAUCAAUUGGUGUAUGAGCUUGAAAUCAAUUGAUGGCUAUCCUGUCGAUCCUAUUGAAAGUUUAAAGGCAGAGUGGCUAUAUUCUCAGGGACGUGGUAGACAAUUCCGUGUUGGCGAACAUGCACUACUAGCACAGUAUUUAGCAUCUGUUUGCCCACUUUCUGGUGAAUCCUUAGAAAACGAAACUGACAGGAAGCUAAGACUAAUUUUGAGUAAAGCACAACAUCAUCAACAGCAAUUAAAUCAACAAAGUGAUACUGGAAGUGUGCACAGCUUAAAUAGCGUUGGAAUGAGUCCUUCUCCAGCUACUAGGCGUAGACUUAGUCAUAACAGGACAGGUUCGCCUAGACGUACCAUUGCGCCAAUGUUGACAUACUAUGAAGAUAAAUGCUUACAGUCACCAAAAUUUUAUGAAGCAAAGUACUGUGUGUGCCAUUCACCUUGUAAAGGUUCAUCAAGAAAUUCAUUAAGAAUAAGGUCACCUGAUAGAAUGGUAUCUAGUUGUCACACUGAUGCUAUAGUUUCUUCAUGCCAUACUUUACUAAAUGAAGAUCAGGAAUCUUUGAUGACUCAAAGUUUGGAUCCAAAUAUGCUUUGUGGUACUUUAAACAAUAAAACAUCAAAUACUAUUUCACAAGAUGCAGAAGACACAUCAAGUCCUCUGCAAGCUGCAACAAAAUUAGUACCAGUUCCAGAAUCUUUAAUGAGUCCAGAUUUUCGUCCACCGUCUGGCCUUUCUCGAGUUUCAGCAAAAACUCCACCAAGUAAAUUAACAUCACCAUGUCAAAUUACAAUGCCAAUCAAACCUAUUUCUGAUGGAGAUGGUAAAGCUAUUCCCAUAAUAAAUACAGUAAAUCCAAUGGCAAAAACAAAUCUUGCUGCUAUAAAAGCAAAUGCACUCGUAAAAAGCAGUUCAGCAACAAAUUGUACUGUAAAACCAAAUAUUGCUAAACCUAUUAUUACAAAUACUAACACUAAAUGUCCACAUAGUGUGAAAAUCAAUAAUUACGUUCAAAGCAAGACAUUACCUGCUAAACGAAAUACAAAAAAUUCACCAAACUUAGGCAGGAAUAUACAAAGACCAAAAAGUGCAAAUGAUAAAAUAAAAAGUAGUGUUAUUAAAAAGAAUGGAAAUGGUGAUGCAGAUAAUGCUACUCAAAGCAGUGAUGAAGAUAGUGAAGUAUGUCAAGCAAAAUUGGAUAGCAUUCGACAUAGAGCUAUUCAAAGAAGACAGGAAGAUAAUAAAGAUCAAGAUGAAGCUGAAAAAGCAGCAAUAUGUAUUCAAAGGAUGUGGAGAGGGUAUCAUACUAGAAAUCUUAAUAAAAAAGCAACUACCAUAUUGAAAACUAUUGAAAUGAUAAGAACAAAUAAAUAUAUCCAGAAACUCUCUACUGAUAUGGAAGCUACUCGAACUGCAUUAGAAAGUGAACAUAAACUACAAUUAUUACAAAUGCAAGCAAUUAAUGCAUUGUGGAAAAAAGUUGUUAGUCUUCAACCUACUGUUAAUCGAGAUUCUACAAACACUGAUAAUGAAAAUAUUGCACAAAAUGUAGAUGUUGUAACCAAUCUAGCACAAACAUGUAAUAUGUUGCAUACUCAGGUUCAACAAUUACAAGACUCUAUGUCAGAAAUAAAACGAUGUAUGUCGAAUAUGCAAUCAAAAGCCAAUCUUAUUGAUAAUGGUGUUGCCACACAGACGGAAAUAUCAGCUGUUCAUACUCCAGCUGGUGAAGAACAUAUGUUUCCUUAUGCACGACCACAUAGACCACAAACUUUGCCGAUUCAUCAAACAAUUCAUGAAGGAAAUGAAAACAGAAGUUUUGCAUCUAAUUUGAUUGAUAGUGUAUUAAAAAAAGUGUCUCAGUCCACUGAUACGACAGAUGAUGAAGUUAAUACUGAUAUAUUAAACUCUAACGAAAAUCCUGAAUUAUUGAAUUCAACAGAACAUCCUGAUAUGUUUAAAAGUUGUGAAGAGAUUAUAGAACCUGAUUUCAAGGAUGUAGUGGAACAUGAUGUAAAACAUGAAUAUGAUGUAAUUGAUAAUGCUGUUAUAAAUGGUGAAGUUUGUGAAGAAACACUAUGUAAAGAGUUACAUAAUCUGAUUGAAACAGAAAUUACAACAGAAAAUUGUGCAAAUUUAGAAAAGGAAAAUGAUUCAGAAGAAAUUGAAAAGGAAUAACUUUAAUCUGAGAAGACAUAGACAAAACAAUUACAAAAAGAAUGAAGGUGCAAAGUUGAAAGCCUUAAGAAGAAACAAAUGUGAAUUCUCAUGAAUAGUAAAACUCAUAAAUGAAGAUAAUACAUUUUUAACUAAAAAUACUCACUGUACAUAUGUUCAGAGACUAGUCUUAAUUAUCUUCAUUAAACAAAAUUGAAUGCUUUUAAUUUUGUUAUGUUUCAAAUAUUUUAAAAUCAGAUUUAUCACAAUUCAAAUAAUUACCAUAAAAUGCAUCUAAAAGAAAGAUAUCUAAACUAAUUUUAAACAAUCAUGUCACUAAGUUGAUUCAUUAUGUACACAUCAUAGUCAUUGAAGCAAUUUUGAAAUUUUUCCGUCCACAUAUCUGGUUUUUAAAAAGUUCGCCGAUGUAUAAAGUAUGUAUUAAGAAUGUUAUAUGUUUUACAAAAAGCUUUGCUCCUUCUCUAAAAAGCAUCAUAAAAAUAUUACUGUACAGCACAAGAAUCAUGCAUUCAAUGUUAUAAAUUCCAAUAUUAUUCGUCAAUUCUCAGAUUGAAGUAUUUAUGAAGAUGUAAGAGAGAAUUUUGAUAUAUAAAACACAUUCCUUAUUAAUAGCAGAUUUGAGUUUUGUUAAAAAGUUUCUUGAAUAAUACUACUUAGAUAGUUAUUAUUUUUAUGCAUUAUUUUUUUAUUUAUUGAUUGUUGAUUUAUUUAUUUAUCUAUUUAUUGAAAACUGUGACCCUUAGAAAAAAUUAAUUACUGCAAUUAUUGCUGCAAAAUAUAGGUAAUAAUAAAAAUAUUUUUAGUCUAGUCAUUGCAAAAGCUCCUACAUAUAAUUACUGUAGAUAUUAACUAAAACUUGUUAUAUAGGUAUACAGUGUUAUUGAAACAAAUAAAAUCUUUCAACGACAAACAAAUAAUUGUUAAAGGAUAUGAGUUUUUACUUAUGACAAAGAACGUUGUAAUAAUUCUUUUAAAUAUAUGUACAUUGCUUGAGUUUUGUUAUUGGAAAUAUUUCAAUCGCUGCUACUGUAAGAAUAUUAUUAUAAUGAAAGAAACUAUGUGUAAGCUCCUAUUAAAACUAUAUCUUAUAUUUAUUUUGUGUGACAUACAUCUACAAGUCACAUAACACUUCAAUGCUCAGAAUUGUUAAGAACUUAAUAUAAAUGUUAAAUAAAUAAGUCAUAUAAUUGAGUAUAUGUUUAUAAUAAUUUACUUUUAUAUAAUUGAAUUCUGUAUAUGAUCCAUA